CAAACAAAAAAAGUGCGUAAUAUAAAAGGGCCAAGAAAUGGUUAAAGUGGUACAUAAUUGAAAAUCCUAUCCUGUGCCAAUCUACAAGUGCCAUUAGGCAUGAACAGGCAUAUUUGGGUAGUGGAUUAAAUUUUUGAUAUCAUCCACCUCCUUCUGUAUCCUUCUCUUUUUUCACCCAUUUUCUUUUGUCAACAAUCAAUUGGAUAGACGGCUUUCCUAAAUUGCACCCUUUGAAUUUGAAUCCAAUUAUCUUUUCCAUUUUCAUACUAUAAUUCAUUCACACACUGAAUUUUCGAUUUCUAUAUAAUUGACCAAGUUGAGAAAAUUCUCUCUCUGCUCUGUUAACUAAUACAAAAAUGAGCAGCACUAGUAGUACACUCAAUCUGGGAAAUUCCGUUCUUCAAACAUGUUCUUUUUACAGGGCUAAUUUCAGAUCUAGAUCUUCCAUUUCACCCUUGAAGAAUAAUAAUAAUGGCAGCAACAACAGCAGCACUUUAUGCCCUCCUUUUUCUACUCCAUUUUCUCUCUCCUCGAGAAAAUCCCCCAAAAUGCUGUCCCCAAUUUCUGCUGUCCUCACAAAACAAGAAACUGCAAUAGACCCACCUGAAAACAAGAAUUCCCCAGAAAUCCCAACCUUCAAUUUCGAGUCUUAUAUGGUUGGAAAGGCAAAAUCUGUGCAUAAAGCUUUGGAUAUGGCAAUUACCCUAAAACACCCAGAAAAAAUUCAUGAGGCUAUGAGAUACUCUCUCCUUGCAGGAGGAAAGAGGGUGCGCCCAGUUCUAUGCAUCGCCGCCUGCGAACUCGUAGGCGGCGAUGAAUCUGCGGCAAUGCCUGCCGCUUGUGCUGUGGAGAUGAUCCACACUAUGUCUUUAAUCCAUGAUGAUCUCCCCUGCAUGGACAACGACGACCUCCGCAGGGGAAAACCCACCAAUCACAAAGUGUUUGGUGAGGACGUUGCUGUCCUAGCAGGGGAUUCGCUCCUGGCCUUCGCUUUCGAGCACCUGGCUACGGCCACCCCGAUAGGCCAGGUCUCCCCCGGACAGAUAGUCCGGGCUGUUGGAGAACUGGCCCAGGUUAUCGGGGCUGAGGGGCUCGUGGCAGGCCAGGUUGUCGACAUCGACUCUGAAGGGGCAGUCGAUGUCGGCCUCAAGCAGCUUGAAUUUAUUCACAUUCAUAAAACUGCUAAGCUGCUCGAGGGGUCGGUUGUGCUUGGAGCUAUUGUUGGGGGUGCGACCGAUGAAGAGGUCGAAAAGCUUAGGAAGUUUGCAACGGGGAUUGGGUUGUUGUUUCAAGUUGUUGAUGAUAUCUUGGAUGUUACUAAAUCGUCUGAGGAGUUGGGGAAGACAGCGGGGAAGGACUUGGUGGCGGAUAAGGUUACAUUUCCUAAAUUGAUGGGGAUUGAGAAGUCAAGAGAGUAUGCUAAGAGGUUGAAUAAAGAGGCUAAAGAACAACUUUCUGGGUUUGAUCUAGAGAAGGCUAAACCCUUGAUUGCUCUUGCUGAUUAUAUUGCAUACAGGCAGAAUUGAAUGAAUGAUUCGAUGUCAUUCUUGAAACACAUUUGUAUAACAUAAUUGUUGUUCGUCAUUAAUUAGCAUUACAGUUGUAAUUUAAUUGUAAUUGGUUUAGAGAGGAACACAUUUAUCCUCAAUUCUAGGAUACAUCUGGUAUGAAAUUAGCCCAAUAUAUAAGCAUUUGGUGCUUCCAUAAUAAUUUUAGUAUA